AUGGCCUACGAAAACGAGCUCCACCUCGCCCAACUCGCCGUCCAACGCGCCACCCUCCUCACCCGCCGCGUCUACGCCGCAAAAUCAAAAGGCACCCUCUCCAAAUCCGACGCCUCGCCCGUCACCAUCGGCGACUUCGGCGCGCAGGCCCUCAUCAUCGCCGCCAUCAAGCACGCGUUCCCCUCCGACGAGGUCGUGGGCGAGGAGGAUGCCGACGACCUGCGCACGAACGAGGCGCUGCGCUCGCAGAUCUGGGAACUGGUGCAGGAAGCGACACUGGAUGAUGCGGAGGCGGAGGCUGUGCUGGGCGGGCCGAUCAAAGAUGUCGAUGGCAUGUUGACGGCACUGGAUGCGGGGAGGAGUGCGGGUGGUGCGAAGGGGCGGAUUUGGGCGCUGGAUCCGAUUGAUGGGACGAAGGGGUUCCUGCGAGGCGGGCAGUAUGCGGUCUGCCUGGCGCUGAUGGUGGAUGGGGAGGUGGUGGUGGGCGUACUGGGAUGCCCGAACCUGCCUGUUGACGAUAAAGAGCGCUUGGAUACGAGUAUUGGGGCGGAUCAGACGGACGCGGAGGGGAAGGGGGUGCUGUUCUCUGCUGUUCUAGGACACGGAGCUACGAGCCGGCCGUUGACACGCGGUGCGUUGGCUGAGGGGACGACUAUCAAGAUGAAGCCGCUCGAGGAUAUCACGCAAGCGACGUUCUGUGAGAGUGUGGAGGCGGGGCAUUCGAGCCAUGGCGACCAGGCGGCGAUUGCGGGGAAGUUGGGCAUCACGAAGGAGAGUGUGAGGAUGGAUUCGCAGGCGAAGUAUGCGUCGAUUGCAAGGGGGGCUGGAGACUUGUAUCUGAGACUGCCGAUCUCGAAGACGUACCAGGAGAAGAUUUGGGAUCAUGCUGCCGGUGUCGUUAUUGUGGGCGAGGCCGGAGGAACAGUCACGGAUGCUUGGGGGAAGAAGUUGGACUUCAGUAUUGGAAGGACGCUGUCGGGGAACAAGGGUGUUGUUGCUGCGCCGAAGGCUAUCCAUCCGGAGGUCCUAAAAGUGGUCAUUGAGGUUCUGAGCAGCAAGUAG